AUGUUUCAACCCCCGAUAGGUCCGGUCAAACAAUUCACCAGGGAAACCCACCCCUGUCGCUACUUCUCUCCCCCCCCACAUACUUCACCAUUGAUACCUCUGGACACAAUCAAUUCCAGUCCUCUAUCUAGUCCUCCCCGCCAAUACGGCACAGCACAGCCACUUGGUUCCCGUUUCACCAACGCAAAUGGAUCUUAUCCUAUUUAUGAUCCCAUCCGGGGAGUGCAGCUCAGGAGUGCCGCUGAUCGCGCCAAUCCAUACCGGGAUAGACUGGAACGAACUGACCAUGCACGAGGGCAAGAACGGGCUCGCAGCAGAAGUCCUCGCCGCCCAAUUCAACCCGUUGACCUUCCCGAAUCUCGAGAAGUACCAAGAGUUCCAAAUAUGGGAUUCAAUCACUAUCCUCGGGAGAUAUAUGUCCCCCCCGGAAUCAAUGACCUGAUUCCUCAAAUCCUACCUAGCUCCUCCCCGACACUAUCUUCGAACAACACCCAGCGUGGUUGUGGUCGUGGUCGUGCACUGGACCACCUAAGGGACUCUCCUCAGCAGAUUUGCCCUUUCAAUGACGGCAAAUCGUAUGAAUACCUCCACGACCAGCAGCAACAAGUGCAGGCGUGUGACUCGAGACCCGAAAGACCCCCGGCCAACAAACAAGAGGAAAAUACCAACGACAACGACGAGGAUCAUCUAUGUGAAUUUGCUGCUCCAUGCCGAAUGCAUCCCUCACCCGAUGGAAUGCACUACCGAAAGGUCGUUUCGCACGUGUUUGGCAGAAACAAGGCCGUUACCAAGCUGUUCCCACUCGGCGUCUGGGUUCAUUAUUGUCGAAAGCACUACCAGCGUGCUCGGUAUCGCGCAGACCAAUGGCCGUUUACGCAGUGUGACCUCCUAUUAGAAUCACUGAGCCGAAUGGAGAACUGGGAUGGAGUGGAGAGUUUCGAACUCAUCCUCCGCCGCCGAGAGCAAAUGCGUGUCGGACGUGAAGCCGACGGCGCACCCACCACCGGGACCUCUAAUCAGAACGAGAUUACUCCCUCUGCCGGCCAGGCCCAAGACCAAGAGAACAAGUCUUCGGGCGUCGUUACUCGCUCCCCAGGCCGUAAGCAUCCAACUGCCAUCAUCGCCCCGGUCCCAGACUGGCUUCGCCAACACGUUGGUCACGGCAAGACAUUUCAAGAAAUCCGCCAUAUCAUCGAACUGGUGCGUAACCACAUGGUCAGGCUGCGAAAUCGAGAAAGAGCGCAACACCAGUUCAAUCAUAUUCCCAAGUCCCCGAGUGCACCAGGAAGCCCUCGUCGAGGUGCAUCUUCUAACGGCCGAAAGGGACGUAUCGCUAAACCCACCAACCGAGACACCCUACGCCUGCGUGCUAGCACUGUUCGUUUCCCCGAUGUUGAAAUCCUCCCCCAUUUCAAGCCAUGGGUUAAGGAGGCUGCGCUUCGGCAGCGAUCUGCCACUAACCGUCCCAUGAAAGAAAGGGAUAUCAAAGACUAUGAGUCGGAGCAGAGGAUUUCCGGAGGGGGACAUAUCAUUGGAGAAAUCCAGGAUACCCGUGACGCCAAUGCUCGAGCUGAAUCAACUCAGCCGACAAACGGCGACUUUGCGACUAACAACACAACACCCUGUCCGGAACAACGCUGCGAGUCCACUUCCGCGAUUGAGACUGCUGCGGCCAAUCUCUCGCAUAUGCAACCCCACAUCGGCAGGGCUGGGACCAACCGUGGCCAGUCCGAGAGCCAGCGGCGACGCAGCGAACGGGUCUAUAUCAAGGCCUUAGACCGUAUCUCUAGCCAGGGUUCUAUCAAGAAGCCCGGCAAGGAUGGUGAGCCGGGCAAGGAUGACGACAAAUAG